UAAAUGCUAAAUGAAAUGAUAAUGUAGGUCAUUCGCUGUUGAUUUUAAAACAAUAAUAGGUUUAUUAUUUAGUUCAAAAAUAUUCUUUAAAUUCAAAAUGAGUUACACAGUCAUAACUCUAUGCGUUUCUACUUUCCUAAUACAGUGCAUCUCCGCCCAAAAUUGCGGCUGCAUCACAUCUUCCAACAACGGCGGCAUUCUAAGCGUGAACAGCGUCGGUCCCAUCGCGCCUUCCGGUCUCUCGCUCGGUUCAGAACUCAAACUAAUUGGUGAACUAGGCCUCUCUGGUGCCCUGCCGUUCCUGAGCGCCGUGGCGUUCGAAGGAACGUACCCGACUAGCGGGUCGGCGUCGGUGGCGUACGGCUGCGGGGACACAGUGGCCAUCACGCAGGAGCGCGGCAACCCGAGCGGGAACAACGCCAACAUCAACGGCGAGCCGUAUGUUAGGGCGUGUGCUUGUCGAAGGAAUUAAGUUGUAGUUUAAUAGAAUAGAUAUUUAUAAAAAAGAUUAUAAUAAAAAUUCUAAUUAUGUGA